UUGAACCCAAACCCUAAAUUCCCCAAUUCUCAAGAACACCUCCAAUGGCUGCAAUUGAAGAACGAGCAGAGAUCGAAGAAGAAGAAGAAGAAGAUCGAGAGAUUCUUAAUCCAUUGUUGCCGAUUGGAAGAGUGAAGAAGAUCGUGAAGAUGGAUAGGGACAUCAAGAAGGUGAACUCUGAAGCUCUUCAUCUCAUCACCCUCUCCACCCAGCUCUUCAUCGAGUUUCUAGCUGAGCGUUCCCGCACCGCCGCCGUCGAGAAGAAGCGCAAGGUGAUCAAGGUCGAGCACUUGCGGUCUGCGGCGCGGAACCACCCGCCCACCUCCGAUUUCCUCCUUGAUUGCCUCCCAAAGCCGGCUCAGGCCAAGCCCUCAGCGUCCGCUAGUUCGCGGCCUUUGCCGGAUGACGCCCCGCCGCCGCCGCAGCCGCUCCCCCCUGGUGCUCGUCGGAUUGAUGAUUUCUUCAGCAAGCCCUCCUCUGCAGGGAAGCAAGGAACAAGUGAAGAUGGUGCAGCUACUGCUUGUUAAUCAUUGUAACUUCCUCUCUUCCUCCUCUGCUUUGAAAGCAUUACAUGUAUGAGAGAAUCUGCAACCAUUUCUUGUCAAGCACUUAUUUUUUGUAUGCUUCACUGUUUUAUUUAUCAUACACCAACCAGUUGCACUCCA